CUAAGCAUUGCCGGAGAGAGAAGCUUACCCACUUCCGGUUCCGCUCCCAACUCCGGCUCGGGUGGCUGCCAUUUCCCCAGUGUCUUUGUGGAACCCAGCAGCGCUGCCAUGAGCGAGAAGGGCGAGCUGGACCUGACCGGCGCCAAGCAGAACACGGGCAUGUGGCUGGUCAAGGUCCCAAAAUACUUGUCUCAGCAAUGGAAUAAAGCAUCAGGAAGAGGUGAAGUAGGAAAGCUAAGAAUUGCCAAAAACCAAGGAAGAACAGAAGUAUCUUUCACUUUGAAUGAAGAUCUUGCAAACAUCAAUGAUAUUGGCGGGAAGCCAACUUCCAUCAGUGCACCCAGAGAACAUCCUUUUCUUUUACAAAGCGUGGGAGGACAGACAUUAACUGUAUUUACAGAGAGCUCCUUAGAGUGCCAGACUGAUGAAAAAUCUGAGAGCAGCAAUAGCGAGAAACUGUCACUGGAAGGAAUAGUGGUCCAGCGUGCAGAAUGCAGGCCUGCAGCCAGUGAAAACUAUAUGAAAUUGAAAAGGCUGCAAAUAGAAGAAUCUUCCAAACCUGUGAGCUGGACAAUGCAGUUGGAUAAAGCUGUAACCACAAACUACAAACCUGUGGCUAAUCAUCAGUAUAAUAUUGAAUAUGAAAAGAAGAAAAAAGAAGAUGGAAAGCGAGCUCGAGCUGAAAAGCAACAAGUGUUGGACAUGCUUUUUUCAGCUUUUGAAAAACAUCAGUAUUACAACAUUAAAGACUUAGUUGAUAUAACUAAACAGCCAGUGAGCUACUUGAAAGAAAUUUUAAGAGAAAUAGGCAUCUACAAUGUCAAGGGGACACACAAAAACACCUGGGAACUUAAACCAGAAUAUCGGCAUUAUCAAGGUGAAGAUAAGAGUGAUUAAUAUAAUUGAUAACUACGCCAGCAAGGAAGUUGUGGGCACAGAAAGAGCGGCCACACAUUUUACUCUUUAAAACAGUAAAUCAGUUGUAAAACACCGCUCCCCCCCCCUUUUGUUUUCUCAAAGAUUUUGCAGGGAACAUUCUGUAAGUUUGUGUGAUGGUUUGACAAAUUAUUUUGUAGUUUAACUUGCAUUAUGUUUCUUUAAUGUUUAGACUUUGGUUAGGGGUUGUUUUUGUUUUUUGGGGGGGGCAUUUGGUUAAAAAUUAGGUUAGCAAAGAGACUAGACACAUUAUUUAUUGCUACAUUGGUGCUAUUGGUAACAUCCCAAGUGGUCCUGAGUCUUGAAGUGAAGCUGAACUCCAAGGUCGUAUCAUGGGAUGAUGUACAAUUUUUAGGACCAUGGACCAAGAACCACCAGAUCUAGGCAGCACUUUGAGUAUGUUCCAUAAUUAUCCAUAGAGCAAUGAAAAGAAUUGAAGGUUUGCUUUUGAAACACACUGACAAGAAAGAAAAUUAUCAGAAUUUGAAGAAAACCUUUAAGUGACAACAUAAGUAUGAUUUUUGUAUUAAAGAUGUUUUGUUUCUGUAUGAGUAAAAUACCUUUUUAAAUUGUAAAAACAAAUGUUUCUGUAUUACUUGAGUAAAAGGAACAAUUUCUGAAAACUUUAAAAAAUACAAAUACCUUUUUAAAAA